AUCCCCAAAAACUCCAUAUACCACCGCAAACGAACAAUUAGGCAUCACACCAAAGAAGAAGAAGAAGAAGAAAGAAGAAGAAGAGAAUCAAUGGCUAUGGCUUUAAGGAUGGCGACGAAGGGGAAGUGGGUGACGGAGGAGUGCAAGAGCUCGUUUAUGGAGAUGAAGUGGAAGAAGGUGCACAGGUACAUCGUGUUCAAGAUCGACGACAAGUCAGGCCUCGUCACCGUCGACAAGGUCGGCGGCUCCGGCGAGAGCUACCACGACCUCGCCGCCUCCCUUCCCGUCGACGACUGCCGUUACGCCGUCUUCGACUUCGACUUCGUCACCGUCGAUAACUGCCGCAAGAGCAAGAUCUUCUUCAUCGCCUGGGCGCCGACGGGGUCGAGGACAAGGGAGAAGAUGGUGUACGCGACGUUGAAGGGAGGGCUGAGGAGAGUGUUGGAAGGCAUUCAUUACGAGCUUCAAGCCACUGACCCCACCGAGAUGGGAUUCGACCUCAUCCAAGACCGAGCUAAAUAAAUACGAAUUUAAAUCCUCCCCUUAAUUAAUUAAUUAACAUUAAUUCCGAAUUAUUCCUGAAAUUAAUGUUAAUUUUUGUGUUAAAGAGAAUAACGCCCAACCUCUUUAGUUAAUUAUUGCUAUGCGUUACUCCAAUGUGUGUGUGUUUUUCUGUUGGGUGUUUUUGUCUCCUGAUGUUAAAUUUUAUAGUUUUAAAGUUUAAGUUGCGGCUAAGUAAAUCAUAGGUCUAAAUUUUAUGGCUGGGCUCGGAUAAUUUUAAUUUUACUUUAUUAUUUUUUUA